GAGCAUAAUAGGACCCCUUUAAGGCUGCCAAGAUUGUUUUUAAAUAAAGUUAUGAAAUCAUGCGUUUUAAAAAAUGCAUGCUCUGUAAAGUCAAUGAUAAAUUUUAAUGCACUGAUGCAGCAUCAAAACUUCUUUGCUUCUGUGAACAGUAUUACAUCUGUCAUAUUGUGUAUUUACAAAGACUUUGCAGCAGACUCAGAGCAGCCUUAACUCAGCCGUAUAGAGAUGCCUUAAAUGAUGCUGAGAGCACCUCAUCAUCCUCCUCAUCAUCUCCAGUGCUGAUCUCUGGGCAGAAGGGGGUGUGUUCUCAUCACAGCGCUGGGAAUCCCCCCAUUAGUCACAUAAAAGCGAGCCGAACGAGGACUUUAAACUAUGUAGGCACGGUGGACAGGGUUUAAAUGGGCAAUCUGAUGGGCAGCUGGAGAUAUAAGGAGCCGAGCACAGUGGAAGAAUGCGACUCGACGUGGGAAACCGACUCAGAGAGCGGCGAGCAUCAGCCGGGAGGAGAGGAGGAGGAGGAGGACAGCGGCAUCUCCGAAUCCAUGAGCCCGGCGGAUGCAGUCAGGGGAGCCGAGCAGCUGGAUCACGGAUCACCGAAGUUUGGUGACAUGAUGGAGUCCUCUACUAGGAUGAAAAGGAGCUUUUACGCCGCAAAGGACUUGUACAAGUAUCGGCACAGUUAUCCGAACUACAAGGAGCCUCGUCAUCCGAACGAAUAUCGCAAUCUGAGAUUCUAUCUGAAUAAGAUCCCCCUGGUGCCGGACGGUAUUUAUAUUGAAGAAAUCCUCACUAAAUGGAGGGGCGACUAUGAAAAAUUAGAGCACAAUCACACAUACAUUCAGUGGCUCUUCCCACUCAGAGAACAAGGCCUAAAUUUUUAUGCUCAAGAACUCACUCAGGAUGAGAUAAAGGAAUUCCAAAGCACUCGAGAAGCCAAGAGACGCUUCCUUCUAGCAUAUACGAUCAUGUUGGAUUUCUUUGGAAUCAAGCUCCUGGAUAAAAAUGGGAAUGUGGCUCGGGCCCCAAACUGGCAAGAUCGCUUCCAGCACCUGAAUGAGUCGCAGCACAAUUACCUGCGUAUUACUCGCAUUCUGAAGAGUCUUGGUGAAUUGGGCUUUGAAAGCUUCAAGCUGCCUCUGGUGCAUCUGCUGUUGGAGGAGGCGCUGGUGGAGGGCACUUUACCCAACAUGCGUCACAGCGCACUGGAAUACUUUGUCUACACACUGCGCCAACACAGUCAGAGACGUGCCCUGCUCCGCUUCGCCCAGCGCCACUACCAGCCGCCUGAGAACUUCAUCUGGGGGCCACCCAAGAAAAAACGCAUUCCGGCCUCUGGAUCCACAGGGAUGAAGUCAGGAAAAAAUGAGGUGGUGGAGAGGAGUGUGGGCAAAGCCAGGUCACCCAGGGAGGGCAGAAAUAACUUAGAGAGAGAGUCAGAUGACAUGGACGAUAGGAAGAGUGGAGAGUGGAAAACAGCGAAAGGGUCCAAGCUCCUGCAGGAGGGCAGGGGAAGGGUAGCUCUAGAAGAAUACAUUGAGACCAUUCCUCUGUAAGAAUAGAAAGACAGGGAUUUUGGGAAUUCUUAGAGUAGCUUAAGAUGAUCUUAAAGUUAGGUAAAAGAAUGGCACAGCAAUAUUAUUCCAUCCUAUUGCCUUUUAGAGACUUGCUUUGUGAACAACUUGACUGUUUGCCCUUUUUUUAAUAUGAGGUGUUUUUCUUAACUCUGAAUACUUUUCAAAGUGUUAGCAGGUAAAUUUCUCUACUGUAAUUCUUACUUGCAGCCUUCUGGAGAGUUCUUAGCACAUGUUCAAGUGUGAGUAUAUAUAAGUGCUACCUGAACACAUUGUUUGUGUGAAAUAUUGCACUUUUUGACUAUUCAGUCUUCCCCUGUUUGAGAACAUUAUCUUAGGGUACAGGCUUUGAGGUGAGGCUUUAUUUGCUAAUCAUAAGCCCGUCUCUCGCGUUCAGAGCUCGCUGAUUAUUCGGAUACUCAUUGCUCCUUGUAUCAGAACAUAAUAAUAAUGUGUAAUAAGUGUUAAUAUACUUGCAGGAAUUUUCAGGUAAUUGAUCUUCCAUGUGUCUAUAGGUACGUGAGAGAUCUUAAUCCAGUUUUCUCGAAUACGUCUUGCAAUAUGAAGUGCCUCUUCUUUCGUUUGUUAAAGCAUACGUGACAUGCUUUAUCAUUUCGAGUCGGAAGUCGCACAAUAAGCCGUUUGUGGAGAAAUGCAAUUAUAAGCAUAACAGACUUGAAUUCAGACUCUUUUGUGUUUUAUGUUAUUUUUUGAUAAAACAAAAUGAAUGAUUUUUUAAAUGAAAAUAAAUGCCGUACACUCUACUAAAUGUGGUAUGACAGUAACCACAUCAAGUUCAAACGGCAGCACAAUACGCACUUGUUUACCGAUCAUAACUUGCUAGUUAAAGCACAUCAAAAGGUAUGUAUGUAUAUAUAUAUAUAUAUAUAUAUAUAUAUAUAUAUAUAUAUAUAUAUACAGCAUAUAUUGAAAGGUUUAUUAUGUAGGCUAAUCGGUGAAGAAAUAAGCAAAACAUGGAACAACUUAGCCUACAUUUACCUUAGUAAAGCCAUUAAAUGUCCAUAGCUCCUUAGUUGAAAAAAUAUUUAAAUUAAAAUUAAAAUUUAUAUAAAUAAAUUUAUAUAUUUAUUUAUGUGGACGCCAUUUUCUUAAAAACAUAGGCUAUUUGACAGCAACCGUUUAACAGUUUGAAAGAUAAUGGUUAUAUCAUUAGAAAGCAGAGACUUUGAUUUUUCAUUUAGUACAUGUAACUCAAAACGACUCAAACUGAUGGAGCAAUUCACAUUAUGUACAUGUAAAGUGUGUGCUGCCUUUCUUCAAUCAUUCUUACAGUGUUUAAGUGUGGACAAUCAGGGCAAUUGAUGGUCACUAUCCACAGAGAAUACAAAUCAAUGAGUGUAUUUAUUAGCAAAUAUUAAUAUGGAUCAAGCAUGUAUGUUACGUGUGUUUGUUCAGAGUGUAUCCAGAGGGCUAGACAAUACCUCCACAGCACAGGUGUGUGUAUGUGUGUAGGAUGUUAUGGGGUUCUGAUUUUUAGUUUCUAACUGCACACAAACAGAAGCAAAAACAUUCAGGAAAGACUAAAUCCCUUUCUUCUGUAGUGGCUGAAGUCUGUCUUCCAUUUUUUUGUUGGAUUAAAUGUUGAAGGCUCUCUCAGUCUCUUUUCCUCAGUGAAUAUUUAGAUUGAUCACACUUUUUUGUCUAACCCAGUUCAUACCCUGGGGUUAAUUAAACCCCAUCGCUCUGAAUGUGUGAGAGUCAUUAAUGAAAAGAGGGGGUCACAUUUCUGCUCCAUGGUUCCUCCAAAUGGACAGAUAAUUAUUGUGUCCAAAAGCUAAAAAAAAAAAAAAAACAUAGUUGUCCUGUCUACUAAGCUGCCUUCAUCUUAUUGGUUUUUGAAUUCAGCACAGAUGUGCACUGCAAUAUCCAACAAUCUUGUGCAUGUGGUAUGGCAGUUGGUGAAAAGAAUAACAAGGCAUCUGAUGGAGAGAUUGAUUAUACAUAUAUGUCUGUUUUUUCGACUUCUACUAAGAAAUAAUUAUUCAUACUUGCUUGCUUAUCUCUUAAGCUCACUUAUAUUGCUUUGGAAGCCAGUCUGAAACCAGUUUUCUUUGGGAGGUACUUUUACAAAAACAUUGCCUUUAAGUCAAAGUAGGCAGCGAGACUUACGUUUCAGACUUCUGUCCUGUUGGGAAACAAAUAGCCAUCUUCUCUUUGUCCAUCUGAAGAACCUGUGGUUCUAAAAGACUGUUGAAUCCACAUCUCAGUAUAUCAGUGUUUCUUGUGCCAUAAUUGUGUGGAAACAGUUUGACUGGCGUCAUAUAAGGUGCCAUAAGUGUUUAUUACUUAUAACUUUGUUGAGAAGUGAUCAUUUGUAAUCAAAGGAAGUGUGAUUUGGAUGUUUCUGUUGUGGCCUACUGUAUAAUAAAGUGCAGCUCUUUGACGAA